UAAUAAUAAUAAUUUAUUCUCAAAUAACAGUUUGUUACAUGAGGCAUGCCAGUUUACAGGCAAGAUCAAAUUGAUACAAAUGAUACAAUAUACACUGUAGUAAAUUACAUAGCUGGGUUGAUAAUUUAUAAGAUAUGAAUGUAGAUGGUUGUAAUCAGUACCACAGUUGGCGCGCUUCAUGGAAUUUGCGUUGCGAAUGUGCAGCUGAUGGUCAAGGAUAGGUCCAUCGAAGGUAUGAGCUUCUAGAAAUCGCAACCUUAUGUCCCUUUGGAAUAUCUAAGGCUUUAAGGACGGUGCAGGAUGAAGUCAUCCGUUCCAUAUCUCAAGGGGGCUGAAAGAAGGAGCAAGUAAAAGAAAACACGAGAGGCGGAGUAGCCAAUAAUAAUGAAGGAAUAUUUAAGGUAUGAUUACUCAGUCUAAUUUUCUUUUAUUAAAGUAUUGUCAAGCAAGAGCAUUUUAAUAAACUAAAGAAAAUAACUGUAAACAAAGUAUGAGUGGACAUACAACUGACAAAUGGAGGGGAUUCAGAAAGGAGCUGAAAGUAUGAGAUUAUGUGCGGCCAUAAAAUAUAGUGCUAAAAACAGUAUUGUGGUAUACAAUUGACUAUCUUCCCUUUUUUGUCGAAGCUGUUGGAGAUCUUUUCAUCUUCUCUAGUAUGUUUUGGUCUUAUUACGGUUUUAUUAUUAUUUUGUAUUUUUAAACCUCGACCAGUCAUUAUCACUAUACUCUAAUAAUUUUUCAUGAUUAUUAUUCAUUUGUUGCUAUUACCUUUGAUUUUUCCAUUUUUCUUCUUAUCUGUGAAGUUGACAAUUAUGUCUUAUUGUUAACCAGCAAUCAUUUUCUUCUUCCUAUUCUUCUGUAACCCCUUGGUCGUUAGAUAACCUCAUUUUGAUAUCCGAAACCAAUGAUCAAUUUAUGAUUCAAUCUCCUCGAUAUUUGUCAGGCAACUAUAAAUACUGAUGUAUAGCUAAAGUAAAUGAAUUCAGUUUCAGUUUGGAAAGUACAGGAGGCUUGAUGGCCUGUGUUAGUCCUGGCAAUGGUGGUCUCUCAGUUGAUCCAACCUUUUGAAAGAGUCGACGGAUAGAGCCGCAACCACGUGCUGAGGUAAUGAAUUUCACUCGUUGGUGAUUCGAUGAGAAAGUCGAUAGUCAACUUACAAGUAAUUUGUUCUCGGCCUGUGAACGUUUUUGGAGUGUCUUUAGAAAUUCUCUGUUUUAGAAGACAAGAAAAAUGAGGGUAUAUCAGGUGCAAAUUUAUCACUAAGCAAUUUGAAAACUGUAAUCAAGUCGCCUCUAGUUCUACGAUAUGACAAUGGGAAUAGGUUUAUUUCAGCCAGUCGAGCAUCAUAUGGAUGCUUAGCUAUUCCAGGAAUCAGCUAAAUUGCCGUCCUCUGAACCUUUUCCAGAAGCUCACUGUCUUUUUUAAGCAGGGGCUGGCCGCUUGUAUGCAGUACUCGAGUUUAGGACGUACGAACACUAUACGAAGUCGAAAACGUUUAGGUGUCGACAUGACUGAAAGCCCUACGUAUUGAUCAUAAGGUUAUAAAACCUUUGGCGGCUAUUGCACGGCAGUGUGCAGUAGUCUUUAAGUCUUGGCUAAUGAUGAUUCCGAAGUCAUUAUGUGUCUGGACAACAGGUAGCUCAGUGUAAUGAAGGUUCACAACGUCAUCCUCAUGGUGAGUCAAUAUAAGAUCUAGUAAGUAUGAUUCAGGGUCCUGGUCGUACCUACUCGCUUCUUUCACAUGUUACUCUAGGGCAGAUGUAAUAACCGCAUCAACUAGUUCGUGCUGGAAAACAUUAUCUGACGAUUGAGUUCGCAAAUUUUUCCAGUCUAUAAUAGGUGCAUUGAGUCUCAUAGGACUAGACAGCGACCAAUUUGUGACCAAGUAUUGAGACUGCUUAGCAGGACUUCAUUUACCUAACAGCUUGGACUGCGAUAGACUAAACCAAUCAGCAGCUCUUGUCCCUCAUAUUUCAAGCGGCAAAUAAGUAAUUCACACGUCCCACUCUCAUGGGAUACACUAUCGAUAAUGGCAAAUGAGAUAGCAUUCCUAAUGAAUAGAGCUACUCCCCCUCCUUUGCGCUUUUGUGUUCUGUCGGCUCUUACUAAUGUAAAACCCUCGAAAUCAAGUUCCAUACUAUCUAUAGCCUGUUUCAGCCAGGUUUCUGUUACUGCGAUUAUGUCUGGCUUUGUAGAGUCAAUCUGUACACCUAGUUCCGAUCGCUUAUUAAGUAAGCUUCGUGCAUUGGUGUAACAGAUCCGAAGCCUGUUUAAGUGCCUUCGUGCUUCACCCAGAGUGGCUUCGGCAUCAUUCUCUGUCGAAGCCUUACAACCCUAAAAUUUACAAUUUUUAUGUCGUUUUCGCCAGCGUCUAAUCUAGGUUGUAGUUCUCCGUCGACUUCCCGUCUUUUUACGCGGUCUGCCAACGGCAAGUUCUGACGGAUAAAAGCUCCUGAACCCUUUAAUUUGUGUCCAUUCUGUAAAAUGAAAUCACGUUCGUUCGAAGACUUGAAUACUACUUUGAGCAGUCUGGAUUGAUGGGGUUUUAAGUCCGCUAGACUCCCUAGUCUGUACACCUUCAGCAAGGUAACUCUGGAGAUAUUUUGAGGUAUGAGUUGAUUGAGCAGCUUCCUAAUUAGCGCAAUGUCAUGUUCUAAACGAGAUUUUGGUUCAGAGCUUUAAUUUUCCUGUAUUCUAUGUAAAAUAACUGAUCUGUUACUGUGAUCAGCCUUCAACUUCUCGACAAGUUUUAUGGGGGCAGGAUUCCCUUUUAUAUCGUAAUGUUGUUUCUUCCCUAAAACCUGCACCCAUUCGUCAACGUUACUUGGAGAAGCAACCACAGUCGCGCCAAACAUACUGUGGGAGGUCACGUUAUGUUUCCCGCUAGAAACCGAUCGAGCCUUGCGAUUGCAGCUCCCAGGCGUUUCUUGCUGGAUACCAUUUAAAAGACGGGGAAAAGAAGAAACUUCUUUUUUGAGUUUUUAGUUAGGACAGACCUAUUUGAAGACUGUUUUUCCUCCUUUGGUCAGUGUGAGUCAGCUGUUUUCGAAUUCACCUGAGUUUUCUUCACAACAAUUUGAGUUUCGAGAGAGCGAGUACUGUUCGAUUUGUCCCGACCACGCUUGCCAAAAUAUUUUAUGCAGCACUUAUCAAUGAGAUGGCCUCGGUUAGCAAGCUGUUUGCAUCCGAACGGCACAGUUGACAUGGCUAUACGCAACUGCUUUUACUGAACCGUUUGAAAGCCGCAGGCGUUAAAUUCGUGCAAAGUUCGUUGUGCCAACCUUUGCACUCAUCGCACUGCAUGGCGCUUUCAACGGGAUAACGACAGCCCGGACGUUGGCGAUUGCUUUUUUGCGCUGUCCAAUCAUUAAACAGGGUCUUUUUUAAAAAAGAACUAGAUGUAGUAAUACUUGGAGACAAAUACGAUCUGUGGCCGAAAAAAAGUAGAAAACUAUAGAUUGUUUGGGUCAAAUGUACUAACAGAUACAAUAGGAAACAAAGUACCCAAAAGUACCGACGACAAACUAUUUUAGAAACGGAACCGAUGCCUUAAACGAAUACUUUGACCGAAAUAAAUUCAUAUAAAGUGAAAACAGUAGUCUUGAUACGCAUAAACGAUCAAACCAAUAGGAUUCACUCAGCGAGGAAAAAUACCAGUCCUUUUAAUUAGCGCGCGCUAUUCGUCGUAAAGACACUUUCCUUCGCUGAAUUUUUUUAUUUUUAUUAAAUGAAACAAUGAAUUUGUGAUUUUAAGAAAAUUAAAAUCAACUAACAGGUAACUAGAUCAUCUCAGGUGAUUCAAUAUCAUAUAAAAAUAACAUAUUAGACAGAGAGGAAACUUUCCUUAACUACAAGAUUUUGAUUAAUGUAUUCUGGAUAUUCAUUUCCCUUCUGAAGUACUUGGUUUAUUUCUAUUUUAUUAUUCUUAUUAAUCGCUUUAUUCAGCAUUACAUUUUUAAUACAAUAUAUAGAAUCCUCAGUAUAGAGUAUUUCAACAAGUUUCCUUUUCUUACUUCUUUGUUGAUCCCAAAGAUAAAUAUUGAGUAAUCACCAAAUAGAUGUUAAGAGUUCAGGAAUCCCAAUCUGAAUCAAGUUCAUUUUCUAAAAUGCAUAUUGCCUGUCAACAAACAUAGUAUGUCUAAUGAUACUCUUUCCUAACUGAAUAAAUAAUUGACACAAGGAUUUAUUAAAACAAACAAAGAAACAGAUAAAAAAAUAUCUAAAUGACGGGAGUAAGUAGCCAAAUAUUCAAACAAACCGCCUUUCAUAUUGAUACGAACCCGCCAAUUUCAACUAGAUUUUUCUUAUCAGUGUGUUUAGCUUUCGUUUUUUCAAAAUUCAUUAAACAAAUAUUAACUUAACAAAUAAUGCGAAGUAAAAUCACGUACAUUUUGACAGAUUAAUUGUUUAUUAAAGAGAAUAAAUUGCGGUAAAUUAUAUAUACUACUAAUAAUUGUAAUUCAUAUUCAUAUAUUCGUCAAUAAACUACUGAUUUUCAUAAUUCAACAUUAUGAUAUCUGCCUAUUAUCUUUUGUUUGUUUACAUAAAUAAUAAACUAUUUUUUUAUC